AUUUUUUAAUUUAAUUUAUUAUUGUUUUCAUACAAGCAAUAUAAUUAUCUCAAGUCUAUUCAAAAGUGUCUAGUAUACAUUUGCCAUAUCCCAAGUACGUUACAGGGCUAGGGCUUUUCUCUUCAAAAGGUAUACGCGCGACCAAAAAAAAAAAAAACAAACACCAAAACCGUUCAAAAUGCCUAUUAGAACAGCCGCCCACUCUAUCGAAAUAGAAUCCUACGUCGAGACCCAUCUCGUCCAGCAACAACCAGGUCUCAUCCACGCCCGUGAGAACAGCCUCAAACAUGGCAUACCGACCAUAGCCGUCUCCACAGUGCAGGGGAAAUUCCUCUCUCUGUUGACUAGCUUAAGCGGAGCACAGAAUGUUCUGGAAAUAGGAACUCUAGGCGGUUACUCCAGCAUCUGGUUUGCGCAGACAACCAAAGCCCGCGGCGGAAAACUGACGAGUAUUGAAAUCGACAGCAGUCGGCGAGAGGUCGCGCUUCAGAAUCUGCAGGUAGCAGGCAUAAAUGUGCCUACAGAAGCAGAAAUUCUGCUUGGAGCUGCACUGGACGUCCUGCCAAAGCUCGCAGAGGAGAUCAGCGCCGGAACAAGGCCGAAGUUUGAUUUUGUCUUCAUCGAUGCAGAUUGGGAGAAUCAGUGGCGGUAUUUCGAUUUGGCGGUUGGUCUUUCGAAAGGAAAAGGAAGUGUCAUCUAUGUGGAUAAUGUGGUGAAAGAGAUCCUGGAAAGUGGCAUCGUGGGGCCGGAGAAGAGAAACGAAACUGUUACUCCGUUGGUAGAGAAGGUGGGACAAGAUGGUAGGGUGGAGGCAGUGGUUAUGCAGACAAUCGGUGCCAAGCAGCACGACGGGUUUCUCAUGGCUGUUGUCAAAUAGUUGAUGCAAGUUUUCGGAGUUACACUUAGCUAUUGCUCGAUGGUACGUACACUCCCUUUGAUCCAAGUUAGGGUUAGGGCUAGGGCUAGAUUUAAUGUGAAAUUGAACAGUAUG